CUUCUGGUUUUGUCCUGUCAUCUGCCUCCACGGUAACGACCCUUUUUCUGGUUUUUUGGCUCACGUCUCUGGUCUCUCCCCUGAACGGCACUUUCCUCCAUCGGACUUCCUGGAACACGAUCCACGCCUGUCUCACGGUAAAUGGAACCUUGCCUCCUCCUCUCAACUCGGAUUUAAUCUGUGGACUCCUGUGUAUGAUCCCUGCCUGCCCAGCGACUCUGUCUUUGCAUCACGGAACCCAAUUCAAAACACAAACAAACGGUGACGUCAUCGCCCCGCUCCAGAACCAAAGCGCCUUCGUCUCAGUUGCUUCACGGACUCAUUCAGCGGAGAACAGGUUAGUGGCUUCGGUUAAUUUCAAUAAUUAUUACCAGCUCUGUCCAGCCACUAAUCCUGUUUCUCUGUGUCUAGAACUGACUGACCCGGAUCUACCUACUAACCAAAGAAAUAUCCAGUUUGUGUUUAAUAAAUGGUUAAAUCUUUCUCUGUGGUCCGGCAAUUUAUCAGAGCUCAACCUUAACAGCGUAACA